AUGGAUGACUUCAGGCCUCCGGAGAACCCUUAUGGCCCACCUGUAGCUCCUUCUCAAAGGACUGAAGUACCUUCACAGCGAGGGUAUAGGGGAGCAAGCCGUGCAAGGCAGCAGCGACAAUGGAGUCGUGGAAGUGGAGGGAGCCAACAAUCUGGUAAUAGUAACCUGGGAUACAAUGGCAGUAACACUGGUAAUAGUGGAAGGGGAAGAAGAGACAAUAAUUAUUAUGGUCGACGUCCGCGUGAUAAAAGUAGGGAAGGGUGGGGAUAUAGACAGUAUAAUGACCGUCAAGGAAGAUCUUAUCGUGAUGGCUCAUCAUAUCGUGAUAGUUCAUCUUAUAGAGAUGGAAGUUCUUCUCACCGUGACCGAAGCAGAGAUAGUUGGCAAGGUCAACGUCAGUAUAAUGACCGGUCAUCACGUUCAUAUCGUGAAAACAGCUGUCCACCAAGACAAAACCGGUUGAAUCAGCAACAUGAUCGACAACCGCCGUGGCAUCAAGAACGUUACCACCAGUAUCCACCACAGAAUGGUAUCGUGCAACAAAAUAGUUGGGCUACUAAUAACAUUUCUGGGUCAUCUGGUCCACACGGGCCACAUUCACACCCGCAUAGUGCAUUGCUAUCACAAGGAGUUUCACAACAGCCACAUUCAUCACAAUCAUUGCCAGGACAACUCGGACCUCCAGGUGUGCCUGGACAUGGUAUUCAAAGUGCUCAUGGAAUACCACAGGGCCCUCCCGGUCAAAUAAGUCAUCAAGGACAAAUUAGUCAAGGGGGGCAUAUUAGUCACAUAGGUCAGCAUGAACAUGACCGGCAGCAAUCUUCACAUUUGAGUCAACCAGGUGCGCCCGGAACACAUUCGUCAAUUGGCCUAUAUAGUGAUCAAAGCAAUUAUCAAGAGCCUGCUCCAUUUCAAGGGCAAUUGCCUCCACACAUUCAAACAUGGGAUCAACAUGCGCCAAAUUAUCAUCAUCAACAUGGCCAUCAUUAUCCGACAGAUAAUUAUUAUCACCACCAAGCAUACGAACAUUAUACAGGUCAAUAUCCAUAUAUCAAUGGUAACGAGUAUAACCAGCCAAUAGAGAAUAAACAUGCGAUGCCACCGCAUCCACCACCCCAACCUCCGAAUGUGUCACAUUUUGGAAUGCAGCAUGCGCAUGCAAAUACCACACAUCCACCACAAAUAUCACAAUUGCGAUCACCAAUAUCGCCAAACCGUUCAUACCAACAACCUCCUCAUCCUCAACCUACUACAUUACCGAUCAGACAAACUCAGCAACCAGUGAUUCCACCCCCUUCACAGAGUGCACAAACUGUUCCAACUGGAUUAGCACAAGCGAAUAUUACCCCGUUACAAAUUAAACCAACUGAACUAUAUGAAAAAUUGGGCCAAGUAGGAGAAGGCACAUAUGGCAAAGUAUACAAAGCUAAAAACCGUGAAACUGGUGAGAUAGUGGCACUCAAGAGAAUACGCAUGGAGUCAGAAAAGGAAGGGUUUCCUGUUACUGCUUUGCGUGAAAUUAAGCUUCUUCAAAGACUUCGACAUGAUCAUAUAGUUCAUUUAAAGGAAAUAAUGGUUUACCAAGGAGUAGUAUACAUGGUCUUUGAAUAUAUGGAUCACGAUCUUACUGGAGUUCUUUCUAAUCCGCAAAUAAUAUACGAGCCACACCAUGUUAAAUGUCUUAUGAAGCAACUGUUAGAAGGCCUGGCCCACCUUCAUGAAAACCAGAUUUUGCACCGUGAUGUCAAAGGCAUAAAUAAUUCCUUUAUUCCAUAUUAUUGUCUUAUUAAUUAUACACUAAUUAUCAUUUUGUAUCAUGAAUAUCAAUUAGGAUCUAAUAUAUUAUUAAACAACCGUGGAGAACUCAAAUUGGCCGACUUUGGACUUGCUCGCCAUUUUAAGCCUCACCGAAUGCAUGAUUAUACAAACCGUGUGAUUACAUUAUGGUACCGCCCCCCGGAGCUUUGUUUAGGUGCUACUGAAUACGGACCGGAAGUCGAUCUUUGGAGUGCUGGGAGACCUCUUUUCCCAGGAGCUGAUGAAAUCUCCCAACUUGAAAAGAUAUUUGAAUUAAUGGGCGUGCCAACAUGUCAGGAAUGGCCAUCUAUAAUAGACUUGCCAUGGUAUGUGGCACUUCAAUUUCCUGAAAUUUUGAAGCCCAAAUUCAGAGAAAUAUACUCUAAGGUUCUGUCUUCAGCAGCUCUCGAGUUGGUUGAAGCACUUUUAUCGGUGAAUCCUGCUAAACGACCCUCGGCCCGAGAGGCUUUGAACUUUGCUUAUUUUACAUCCGAAGAACCUUUAGCAUGUUCUCCGGGGGAGUGA